AUGUCUGAGAACCAACACCCUGACAUGAUGAAGGACAAGAAGACUUCCUCUAACAAGAUCGACUUCCGCGCAUGGGCUCAAGGUCUCCGGGACUCCUCCGACUACGACGCCCCCGACACCACUGUGCUCUUCCAAGCCGACAUUAUGGAGGAGAGAGCGCUUUGGGAGAACGAGUACCUUAGCAGGCCUCGCUCACCUAUGCACAACAACAUCGAGGUCACUCCGAAUCCAGAGAUGGCACGAUAUCUUGAGGUUUGGUAG